AUUCGAAGUGAUCAGCGAUCGAACAGAGCUAUACACUGAUCCUGGAUCUCUCAAAGCCGUGUCGUCCCGGCGCGUUCCUGAACGAGGCAAUAGUACUCUUCAAGUCGACCUGCGCCGCUCCCUUCACCUCCGCCCCAAUCCCCCCUUGAUCAUCCGCUUCAUUCACCAUGACCACCUCAUCCAACCAAUUCACAACCGACGAGUAUGUUCUCGCUUACCACGGACCAUUACUGUACGAAGCUCGUAUCCUGCUCGCCGAGAAUUGGACAGAGUCCAAUACUCUCCUAGGAACCACUGGGCCUCACUAUUUCAUCCACUAUAAAGGAUGGAAGCAAACAUGGGACGAAUGGGUGCCUGAACAGCGUUUACUGAAAUUGAACGAAGAGGGAUUCGCAAAACGUCGUCAAUUACUCGAGCAGCAGACUCGGAAAACUCGUCCGAUAACGGCUGCCAGUCCCGCCGCGAGCAGUAUCAAAGGCAAAGAAAAGGUCCCGAAAAAAGUCGAGCAGGGGAAGAAGAGGACCAGAGAAUCUGGUAUCGACACUGAGGCAGACUACCUCAAACGCCCCGAGGUCAAGAUUGUCAUUCCGGACAUUUUGAAAUUACAGCUGGUUGAUGAUUGGGAAAACGUCACCAAGAACAAUCAGCUCGUUAUAUUACCGCGCAAGCCGAACGUCCGUGAUCUUCUCGAGGAGUACAGGAAUUACGUGUUAGCGACGAAAAGGUCUCUGGAUCGAUCGUCUCGCGCCACAUCACUCCUCUCCGAAAUCAUUGCUGGGGUCACCCUCUACUUCGAUAAGGCGUUGGGAAACAAUCUCCUGUACAGAUUCGAGAGGGCGCAGUAUGUCGAACAGAAGCGAUUGAACCCAGACAAGGGCAUGUCCGAGAUUUACGGAGCGGAGCAUUUGUUGAGAUUAUUCGUCAACUUUGGACCGUUCAUCGCCUAUACCAAUAUCGACACGGAGUCAUUGAAUAUUUUGCGAGAAUACAUCAAUGACAUUAUGAAGUGGAUGAUCAAAGAGCAGAAGAGACUGUUUGUGAAAGACUACGAGACGACGACGACACAGUAUCAAAGUCUGUCACGGACAUAGCAGGGAGAGAGCCCCGCCGGGCGCUGGAGGACCGCGAGGCGAGGGGUCUGGUCGCGGAGACGGGCAUUGAUCGUCUGCCUGAGAGACUGUAUAUAUGGUCUGAGCCUGUGAUGGCGGAGGUCGAAAUGAGUGGGGUCU